AUGAUUGAAGGCCCGCCAACACCAUCAGAAGUUCCCGACGCAGACACGACGUUCGUGGACACUAUUGACACCUUACCGUCAAGCGCGGCUCCAGAGACGAUAUACCAAGAUGCCCGCCCCCAUAGAAGAACCCGAGCCCGACGCCCUUCAAUUCGAAAGAACGUAGCGCGCCGACAAGGACGACGAUUGAUUCGUCAAUACCACGAGUGGAAGAGCGCGCACUUGUAUUUGGCGCGAUACUCGAUCGAGAAGAUGCUCGCAUUCAAGACCUACCAGCAGACAGCAACCCUUAAUCAUGCUUUGGCCGUGAUAACACUAACUCCAAUUCCAACUUUGGUGGUAGUCUUGCUACUGGCCGCCAUCCCCCUUCAAAGCCCAUUGGCUGCAGCGAUCUCGAACACGAUGUACUUCUUUCAAUCCUGGUUCUGCUUCAGCGUGAUGACUUUCGGCAUGCUAAUGUACAUGCGCUGCGGCUUGGGAUUGACGGAAAAGAUUUACGGUCAUGGACAGUGUGCGCUGGUGUCAGUGCUGACGGCUGGCUUUAACGAGCUCGUCAUGACGCUUUUGUCGGUGGUUUGGCGAUUUCCGAUUCCUCUUGGAGAUAUACUG